AUGUCGUCUCUCUUUCAUCGUAGCACAGUACUCCGCGCCUACCACUAUGUACACCCAAAGAGUGGUAGACCCAUUCGACAAUAUCGUCUUUAUGGAGAUCCACGAUUUAUAAACAAUGAGGCGGCACUCAUUAAAGGUCAGUGGGGACUCAUCACCGCAGACUUUGGUAUGGUUACACAAUCACAACUUGAAAAUGCACGUUUGGCGAUCCUUCGACGUCUUCCACGUGGAGGUUUCACACUCACUAUGCACACCGACUAUGAAGAGUUUCCAGUUGUAAAGAAGAGUCCAGAGAGUCGUAUGGGAGCUGGUAAAUCGAAUAUUCAUCACUUUGCAUUUAAGUUUACAACCGGUGUGCCACUUUUUGAAAUAAUGCCAACGGGCUCUCGCCGGCUUAAUCAAGCAGAGGCAGAAGGUAUCUUUCUCGCAGGUAGACCUUUUAUCCCGUUGCAAACAGUAGUAGUCCCACAGGGCCGUGUUGACGAGUAUCAUGUUUUCAAAUAA